UAUUAGAAACACAAUUCAUAAACUUCAUUAAAUCUUCCAAUAUUUCUCAAUUACAACAUAAAUCCUUACAAAAAUCAACAGGACAAAACACAUUCUUAACCACCAAAAGAAGAAAGAAAGAAGAAAAAUGGUCUUGUCCAUGAAGCACUCUUCCAUGAUUCUUUUCUUUGUUUGCAACCUUUUCCUUCAAGGCGCUUUAGGGGAAAUCACAUGUGAAAACUUGCCAACAAAUGUUUGUUCAUUUUCAAUCGCAUCAUCUGGAAAGAGAUGUUUAUUAGAGAACUCAGCAAAUGAAGAUGGAAAAAUGGUGUAUCAAUGCAAGACAUCAGAGGUUAUUGUUGGAAACAUAGCAGAAUAUAUUGAGACAGAUGAAUGUAUCAAUGCAUGUGGUGUUGACAGAAACUCUGUUGGAAUUUCUUCUGAUGCUUUACUUGAACCUCAAUUUACUGCAAAACUUUGUUCCCCUGCUUGUUAUCGGAAUUGUCCCAACGUUGUUGAUCUUUACUUCAAUUUGGCUGCUGGAGAAGGAGUAUAUUUGCCAGAUUUGUGCAACAAACAGAGGAGCAGCCCACACCGCGCCAUGAUAGAGCUAUUGAGCAGUGGAGCUGCUGCUACUGAUGCUUCUGCCCCUAUUGCUUCUGAAGAUAUUAUUGUUGGUGCUCCUGAUAUUUCUCCUGUUUCUUUCUAAUUUAUACCACAUUCUAAGUCACUUUCCUUGUGAAUUAAGGAUAGUAGUAUUUGUUACUUAUAAAUAUUAAGAUUUGUAAUUGUUAUUGUAGUAUAGUGAGAGAGGGAGAGAUGAGAUUUUGAUCUCAUUUUUUAUUUAUUUUUACAUAGGAUUACUAGGAAAUUGUUGUUAUGAGAGAAUCUGUUCACCAGUUUAUUCUUCGCCUGAAACUUCAAUAAAAUGUUUUCUUUCUUUACA